GGCUGCCGGCCCAGCACGAGGGGCGGAAGUGCCUCGGACAGUCGUCUCGGUAGCGGCGGCGGCCCCUGCCGGUUACAUAAUUCGUUACGGGUUUACGGGCUCCGUGCGGCCCCACUUCCGGCUCCUUGCGACCCCAGGAUGCGUUGAGCCCCACGGCGCCGUGCGCUGAGGCUGGCUCCCAACUGAGGUGUGAAUGACAGAGGUGGUGCCAUCCAGCGCCCUCAGCGAGGUCAGCCUGCGCCUCCUCUGCCACGAUGACAUAGACACUGUGAAGCAUCUUUGUGGUGAUUGGUUCCCCAUUGAGUACCCAGACUCAUGGUAUCGUGACAUCACCUCCAACAAGAAGUUCUUUUCACUUGCCGCAACCUACAGGGGCACCAUUGUAGGAAUGAUAGUAGCUGAAAUAAAAAGUAGGACCAAGAUACACAAGGAGGAUGGAGAUAUACUAGCCUCCAACUUCUCUGUUGACACACAAGUUGCAUACAUUCUAAGUCUGGGAGUAGUGAAGGAAUUCAGAAAGCACGGCAUAGGUUCUCUUUUACUUGAGAGUUUAAAGGAUCACAUAUCCACCACCGCCCAGGACCACUGCAAAGCCAUCUACCUGCAUGUCCUCACCACCAACAACACAGCAAUAAACUUCUAUGAAAACAGAGACUUUAAGCAGCACCACUAUCUCCCCUAUUAUUACUCCAUCCGUGGGGUCCUCAAAGAUGGCUUCACCUAUGUCCUCUACAUCAAUGGCGGCCACCCUCCCUGGACCAUCCUGGACUACAUCCAGCACCUGGGCUCUGCUCUAGCAAACCUGAGCCCCUGCUCCAUCCCACACAGGAUUUACCGCCAGGCCCACAGCCUGCUCUGCAGCUUCCUGCCAUGGUCAAGCAUUUCCACCAAGGGGGGCAUUGAGUAUAGCCGGACCAUGUGAUGCCAGCCGGGCAGUCUCCAACAGGUCCCACCCCCCGGCGCCCUGUGGAGCCCACCUUCCUGGCCACCUGACCUCAGCUGUACUCUGUAGAGGAGCUGGCCCGUUGCCUGCCCCAGCUGCAGGCCCGGUGCUAC